CUAGUAACUUGCUUGCCUAGUUUGUUCCAUAUGUAAUGUACUACAACUACAUCAACAAUUUCAUGUGGAAUCCAUACACAUUCAUCAAUUUCAUUACAACACUUUUAUAAUUAGUAUCUGUCAUACUAAUCAUGGUUUGGGACGUUACUAUUAUUCAUAAUAUUGUAUUACCCACUUUAUUCCUUUUGUUUGUGGGGUACGUUAUGCGGAGAAAGUCUGACGCAUCGCCAUUUAACAAGAUGUACAAAAAGACUCCACCUGAGGCUGACGGAGCACAGCCCAUAUUUGGCCACCUCAAUCUACUCGGCAGCGGAGAUAUUCCUUUAUGCCGGAAACUUGGUGCGUUGGCUGAUAAACACGGCUCCAUCUUCACCCUCCGACUAGGGAUAUACCAAAGAAUCGUGGUGGUUAAUAGCUGGGAAGGUGUCAAGGAUUGUUUCACCACCAAUGACAAAGUCACGGCUGCUCGGCCCGACUUCACGGUCGGGAAAUACCUCGGCUACAAUAACGCUGUCUUCAGCCUCCACACCUAUAGCCCGUAUUGGCGCAAAAUGCGUAAGUUUGCUGUCACAGAGCUACUUUCAUCGCAAAAGCUCGAGAAACUAAAGCAUCUACGCGUGUCUGAGGUGCAUACCAGCCUCAGAGAGUUGUACAUGCUAGUAACUAGCUCUCCGACGGGAAAAACCAAAACAGUAGACAUGAAUGAUUGGCUUCGACAACUAACAUUAAACUUGAUCUUAACGGUUGUCGCCGGGAAGCGGUUCAAGUUUAAGAUCAGUGAAGAUGAUGAAUGCACGGAGUUUAAAAAGGCACUUCAUAUCAUUGAGGUGUUCAAGGAAUUUAUGUACCUCAUAGGUCAGUCUGUGUACGGAGACGCUUUCCCAUUCUGGAUCGUAAGGUUUGUGGAGUUGAAGCGCCCCGUGGUUAAACGCAUGGGGAGGAUCAUGAAAGAGUUGGAUUCCAUUCUUCAAAGCUGGUUAAAUGAACACGUCAAACAUAGACGACAACGAUCAACGACAGUUGAAUUCGGGAAUAGCAAUAAUCAAGAUUUCAUUGAUGUCAUGCUUUCUUUGAUUGAUGACGACUUCUCUCGGGGGCUCAUUUAUCCUCACGAAACCAUUAUAAAGGCAACUGCAUUGAGUAUGAUCAUCGACGGGUCUGAUACAACAGCGGUGCACUUGACCUGGUUGAUGUCAUUAGUAGUGAAUCACGCUAACGUAAUGGAGCGCUUACGAGAUGAAAUAGAUUCAAAAGUCGGGAAAGAUAGAUGGGUGGAAGAUGCCGAUAUUAAAGAUUUCCAUUAUCUCCAUGCGGUAGUGAAAGAGACAUUGCGGCUAUACCCACCGUUGCCGACUUACACUCCUCAUGUUGCGGUAGAGGAUUGCAAGGUUGGCGGUUAUGACAUUCCCAAAGGCACACAUUUGUAUGUGAAUGCCUGGAAAGUGCACCGUGAUCCACGAAUCUGGUCGGAACCCGAUAAGUUCCGACCAGAGAGAUUCUUGGUCGAUGCGGCGGGGCCGGAAACGCCUCCUCCAUGGAAAAAUUUUGAGUACAUUCCAUUUGGCAGUGGGAGACGGUCUUGUAUUGGCAAUACCUAUGCAAUGCAAGUUACGUAUCUUAUUAUUGCCCGUUUUAUCCAAGGAUUCAAUUUGGAGACACCUUCAAAUGAACGGUUGGAUAUGAGCGAAGGUUUGGGGAUUACUUUGCCACGGGCUACCCCAUUAGAUGUGGUCAUCACCCCUCGCCUACCCCCAAGCUUUUAUUUUGACUCUACUUAAUCACUUAAUUUCCUUUUGUAAAUAAAUAUAAACAACUCCUCACAGCCACAUUUAAUUAUGCAACGUUAUUCUUGUUUCCCAAAUGAAAUAAGCU